AUGGAAAUUAGACAAACAAUGGAAAGAAUGGCUAGAGAGGAACGUUUAUUACAAGAAAAAUUGCCGUUGGUGGAUGGGUUUUUAAGAAGAUGUAAAACAUUGGCUAAUAUGAUGGUGACAAUGAAAAAAUUAGCAAUAAUACAAGACGAAGAACGUCCACAAACACAAAGGAGAGCAAUUCCGGGUAAGAGAAUUGAAGAAAUGGAGAAUAAUGGAUAA